AUGGACAAGUGGAUCAAGCGGCCUGGCGUGGAGAUAUGCGAGCAGCCUAGGCGGCCAGGCGAGUUGGCAUCAAUGCUGGGUGAGGAGAGGGAGGACCUAGGCGCGUGGGACCGCUGGCCAGGUAUCCUAGGAGCUGGGCGCCGAGUCCAGGGGGAGCCAAGCGCUUGGCGCUAUGGUCAGGGCGACCUAGGUGUUCAGCAAGGUAGACAAGACGCGCACUUUUAG